CUUAUCCAUCAGCAGCAAAUCACACAUACUGAAAUCCGACUGGCCUAUUGGCUGUUAAUAGAGUUUUCGGAGGGGUUUGAAGAGCUUUACUACCAGCGGAAGACCGGUCGGCUCCAUUUCUGUCGCCAAAGUGUCCAUGCCCUAUUGCAUCUUGCUCAGCAGGUCACUCAUUGCGGCCCACCGGGAUACACAACGCAGUUUACAAUGGAGCAAAUGAUUGGGGAUCUUGGCAGCGAAAUCAAGCAACAUUCCAACCCUUAUGCAAACCUCUCGCAGAGGGGGCUACGUCGUGCGCAAGUAAAUGCUCUCAAGGCAAUGGUACCAGACCUCAACGCCGUGACAAACACACUCCCGUGCGGUGCAUAA